CCCCGCCCUUUGGCGCCAUGGGACAGCACGUGAGCACUGACUUGCGGGUAGCGUGCCGGCGGCGCCUUUGCCCGCCGGCGAAGCGGCGAAGGCUGCUGCCGGAGGCUGGCGCUGAGGAGCUGAAGUUGUGGGAGCUGAUCAAAAGCCCAGGCCAACUGGACAACUUGGUGGAUCAGCUGGGUGUUGGGGACACCACGCUGCAAGAAGCUGAUGUGGGCCUUCUUCUGGAAGGCUUGGAAGACAUGGUCGGCCGGAGCUUGGAGGUGGACCCAGAGAUGCUUUUCGCCAGAUUUGACGCAGAUUGCGAUGGCAGCCUGGAUCCGGAUGAGGUGAAGUGUUUGGUGCGCGCGGUGCUGUUUCAGCACUGCAAGGCCCUUGGGUUCGCCACCCCCGACCUGGACAUCCCCAGCAAGCGACUGCGGAGCGCCUAUACCAUCAGUCGCAAGCUGGGCGAGGGAGGACAAGGAGCCAUGUACCUCGCCAAGUGCAAGAGACUUAAAGCUGAUCGCUGCGUGAAGUUCUACCAGAAGGGCGAACAAAACGCACCCACCGAGGAUAUCCUUUUCGAGUUCGAGGUAAUGAAGACGCUGAGUAGCCCCUAUGUUGCCCGCACCUACGAGAUUUUCCAGGAUGGGGGCUACUUCUGCAUCGUCAGCGAGCCCUACCUAGGGGGCGACCUCACCAAGUUGGUGGCCCAAGCGGCGCAAGCCGGGCAAAAGGUAGAUGAGCAGUGGCUGAGCAGGAUCUUCACGCAAGUGCUUAAGGGCUUGGCCUUCCUGCAUCACAAGAAGAUCAUCCACUGCGACCUCAAGGAGUCCAAUGUGAUGGUGGCAGAGGCGCUGAAGAUCAAUUGGCAGAAUCCCCAAGUGCUACUCAUUGACUUCGGGCUUUCCUCCAGCUUCAUCUCUGCGGAGCGGGGCCUUUGGGGCACACCAGGCUACAUCCCCCCGGAGACUUUCCAGAGCUCCUUCUGGGUCCCCAAGGGCGACGUCUUUUCUGCCGGCGUCAUGUUUUACCAGAUUGUGUCUGGCAAGCGAGCUCCUUAUUGCCCUGCCCGGCGUGAGACAGCUCAGACUUCAGGAGGAGGGUGGGAGGAGGUGGAGCAGUGCACUUUGGAGAAAGAGCUGCCCUUGGAAGAGCUGUUUGCGUCCAGUGACUUCAAGGACCUUUUGAAGCAGACAACCUCCAAGGACUUUAAGCAGAGGCCCAGCGCGAGCGCUUGCCUGCGCCACCCCUGGUUCCAGCACGCCGGCGCGCACGGAGCUCACACCGUGGGCGUUGAAGCCUUGGGGCGCUUGAGGGCGCUGCAGCAGCGUACGGCUGCGCAGAAGGCCAUCUUUGAGAAGAUGCUGGCCAGCUGCAACCUGGGGCAGAUGCGCAGCUUGAACGACCUGUUCAGGAGCCUGGACAGCGACGGGGAUGGUGUGGUCACGGUGCAGGAAGCGCGGGACGGCCUGCGGCAGAUCGACCUGCUGGGGGGAGAGACGUUGACCAGGCUGAUCGACCUGCUGAUGGGUCCAGAUGGAACUGUGGAGUACAGUGCCUUUAUGGCGCAGAUGAUCGGCGAGCAGGUACUUCAUGAAGGUGUUCGACUGUGGGACAUUUUCUGCGAGCUGGACAUCGAUGGGGAUGGCUAUCUGACUCGAGAAGAGCUCCCGGGUUUGCUGGCCGCCUGCAAGUUCGACGCGAUGUCGGCGGACCACCUGCUGCGGGAUUUGGACAGCGACGGGGAUGGCCGCGUGUCCUUCCAGGAGUUCGAGCAGGCCUGCCUGGCCGGCAUCGAUGAGAGGGAAGUGAGGAAGCUGAAAGGCUGGUUUUGGCCAUGGUAAGCUCACGUUGUGUCCA